AUGAAUAGUAUGCAUAAAUUAUUUCAAUUCGAAAAUAAAGAUGAUGAUGAUAUAUAUAUAAACGCAUUCUUUAGAAAAAACAUUUUUAGAAAAUAUGAAUUUAAAUCUAAACAUUAUGAUAAGCCCAAAUCGGAUGUAAUAAAAAAUAAAAGUGGUGCGCAUUUCAAACGUGUUUCAAAUAACUCUUGGUAUGAUACAAGUGUUUAUAAUAAGGAAAAAGAUAUUUAUUUAUUGUGUAAAGAAAUGAAAAAUGAAAAUAAAUCUAUUAAUAUUUUAAGAUCAGUAGAAAAAAACGAGGAAAUACAACAAGUUGUGAACACUUAUGAAAAUGCCCAAAAUAAAACGAAUACAAAAAAUGUAUAUAAUUUACAAAUUGAUAAAUAUACGGAUAUACAUAAUAAUGUACUAAAAAAUAAUCCGUAUAAUAGUUUAUAUAUGAAUAAGAAAGGGAAAAAUAAUAAAUUGUUAAACAUAGAAAAUAAAAUUCACACUGAUUUGUUAAUAGGCAAGCCAAGUGUGGACAAGCCAAGUGUGGACAAGCCAAGUGUGGACAAGCCAAGUGGGGACAAGCCAAGUGUGGACAAGCUAAAUGUGGACAAGCCAAGUGGGGACAAGACAAAUUCCAAUAUUAAAGACUGUAGAGGGGGAGAUGAAUUAGAAGAAAAAAACAAAAAUAUAAAAACAGAAAAAAAUAUUUUAAAACCCAAAAAUGUAAUAAAAAAUAAUCUCAGAUUGAAAAAAGAAAAUAUAACAAGAACCAGUAGUGCAUAUUGUGAUGAUAAUAUUGAAAAGGAUUAUUUCAAAAAGCGUUGGAAAUCUAAUUUAGUUAAUUGCAAGAUUUUGAAAGGAAAAGUAAUUCAAAAGAAAUGGAUUGAAAAUAUUAAUUCCGAAUUUGAUAUAAAUAAUUUGGAUGAAUUAAAAAACAAAUCUAUAUUUCUUAAUAAUAAUAAUAAUACAAAUAAAUUUAAAAACAUUAGAUGUUUACAUUUAAAGGAUAAAAAAAAUAAUUAUUUAGAUCAUUUAAUAAAUUCUAAUUAUAUAUAUAAUAAAAAACAUAAAUAUUUUAAAAGAGAAAAAAUGUUAUUUCCUAAAAUUGAAAACAUGGUCGAGAUAGAAAAUUAUAAUUUAGAACAAGGAGGCGAAAGAAAAAAAAACUUAAAAAAAAAUAAUAAAAUUAAUCAAGACUUUGAAAAUGAAUAUUAUAAUAAUAAAAAGGAGAGUUCUAAUAAUUUACUAUUCGAUAUUUCUGUUUCACAAAAUUAUGAAAUAAAUUAUGAUGAUAUGUCAAAAAAAAAAGAAAAAGACAAGAUCGAAAAAAAUGAUAUAUCAAAAAAAAAAGAAAUAUACAAUUUAAUUGAAAAAAUAGAAUUAAAUGAAAUACAAAAAAGUAUUAAGACAAAAAAUAAAUAUUAUUCUAAACAUAUGAAUUCUAAUAAAAUUAUAAAUAGAGAGAUUUCUGAUGAUAUUGUCAAAAAAAUAAAAGACACACAACUUUGUAUUCAUGAUUAUAGCUUUAAUAGUAAUGAUAAAAAUAUUCAAUUUGCAAAAGGAAAUAUAUCAGAUAAUAUAUCAAUAGAUUUUAAAAUAUAUAAACCAAUAUUAAUGAAUUAUGCAACUCAAAUAAUAAUAGAAAUGGGAAAUAAAAUAUUAAAAAAUAUAUAUAUAAAUGAAUAUCCUCAAACAUUUAAUGUUAUUAUACAAAAAAUAAAUAAAACAAAUAAUGAACAAAUAAUUAAUAAAAUACGAAAUAAAAUGAAUAGUAUAAAAGAUGAAGAUUUAAUAAAAUUUGUUUAUUUAAAUAAUUAUAAAGAAAUAGGUUAUUCAUAUAUAUGUAUAAAAAAUUUGGUAAAAUUUGGAAUGGAUGGUGGAAUGUUUAUUUUAGUUUCAAAUGAAAAAAAGGAAAGUGUGAAUCAUAAACAUUUUAUGCAUUCUCAAAUUAUACCAAUUAACAAACAGGAAAUAAAUAUACUUAAACCCAAAAUUUUUAUGAAUUAUAAAAUUUAUUGUCCUAAAUUAUUUAUAGACAAUUUACCAAUAAAUGAAAUCAUAACAUCUAAUGAAAAAAUAAAAUAUCUAGAAGACAUGAUUAGACAAUUAUAUGUUUUUAUUCAAAAUUCAUAUUCAAUAAAAUAUACAAAAAAUAUUGUUAAUCCAAAAGAAAUAAAAGCAAGAGUUAUAUAUCAUAGAUCAAAGGGUUCAGAAAAAGAUGCAGAAGACAUAAUUAAUAAAAAAAAAUAUCCAAGUUACAAAAUUGAAAAUUUAGAAAUUAAAAAAAAAAGCAAGCCCAAAAAAAUAUGUAAAAAUUAUGAUACCAUAAAUGAAAUUAGUCAAAUAUAUGAAAAAAAACAAAUACAAAAUGAUACAUAUAAAUAUCUAACUUUUCCACAUUCGAAUAGUACACAAAAUAUUGAACAAAACAAAAAUUGUAAUAAAAUAAAAAAUACUAAUAAUGUGUAUAUCCAAAUAGAAACAGAAUUAAACGACACAUCUGUUAAUAUAACAAAUAAGUCGAAUAACAGUACAGAUAAAGCUAAUUCAAACAGUUUAAACAGUUUAAAUGGUACAAGCGAUGCAAAUAAAGAAAACUGUCUCAAUAUAGAAGAGACAAAAGAAGACAUGAAUUUAUCAGCCAAUGAUAAGGAUGAUAAAAAGAAACCUGAAAAUGAAAUUUCUAAAACAAACAAAAAUAUGAAAAAUGAUAGUGAUACAAGAAAAAUAAAUAUACAGAAAGAAAUAUAUUUAGAUGAAAUUAAUGAAUCUGUUACAGAUAAUAUAUAUAAUUUGAGUGAAGUAAAAACACAAAAAUGUAAAACUAAAAAAGAACAAAAAAAUAAUAUUAUUUUAUCAUCUAAAAUAAACGAAAUUACUAAUGAAAAUAAAAAUAAAAUUAAUGAAUUAUGUAAUGUAAUAGAAAAAUUAAAAAUAGAAUUAGAAUCAAAAAAUUUGGAAAUAAACAAAUUAAAACAUUCAAAUAAUAAUAUCAACAUUUUGUAUAAAUCGUGUCAUAAAAAAAUUUAUAAUCAUGAAGAAAAAAAAAAAAAAAAAAAAAAAAAAGUACAAAUGUUCAAAAAUAAUAUAUUAUUGUCUAAAUUUAAUGGUAUAUAUAAUUGUGAAAUAACUCAUCAAAAUUUGGAAAAAAAUAUUUUGAUUAAUUCAAGUAUAGAAAAUAAAUGUUAUUUUGAGAAAGAAGAUGAAGAAAUAACCAAAGAACCAUACCCAAACGUUAACAAUAAUAUAUCUUUUUUCAACUUAAAUAUGAAGGAAAAAAAAAUAAAUUAUAAUGAACAAAAAGAAGAAUUACAAUCAAACAACCAUGACACAGAUAUGGAAAAACAAUGUAUAGAUGAUGUUGUAGAUACUAAUACUACUUUAAAUGAAAUAGAUGUGGAGGAAGAAGAUAAUACACUUUCGCAUAAAAAAACAAAACAACAUUUAGCUAAUAUUGAAAAUAAACUAAUAGAGUUUGAAAUGUUAUUAAAAAAUAAUGAACUAAUCAAAAAUGAACUAAAUAAGAACGAACUAAAUAAGAACGAACUAAAUAAGAACGAACUAAAUAAGAACGAACUAAAUAAGAACGAACUAAAUAAGAACGAAGUAAAUAAGAACGAAGUAAAUAAGAACGAACUAAAUAAGAACGAACUAAAUGAGAACGAACUAAAUGAGAACGAACUAAAUAAGAAUGAGCCCCUAUUGUUAGAUGUAAAUGAUUCUAAAAAUAAUGAAAAUAAAAAUUUAGAUGAAUAUGAGGAUAUAAAUUAUAAUGAAGAAAUAUAUGAACAAUCUAUUGUAGAUAAUUUAGAUAAUGAAAAAUGUUUUACUAAUAAAAUUAAAAAAAUAAAUAAAUAUGAUAACAACAUUAGAUUUAAUUUCCCUCUAAAUUUUGUUAAAAGGGGUUCACAUAAUUCUAGUCCAGAACCAAAUUAA